CCGGCCGCGCGGGGCUGUCAUGGCGCUGCGCGGGCUCUCGGUGCUGGAGCUGGCGGGCCUGGCGCCGGGCCCGCUGUGCGGCAUGAUCCUGGCGGACUUCGGCGCGCGGGUGGUGCGUGUGGACCGGCUGGGCGCCCGCGGAAACAUGAACAUCCUGGCCCGGGGCAAGCGCUCGCUGGCCCUGGACCUGCAGCGGCCGCAGGGGGCGGCGGUGCUGCGGCGCCUGUGCGCGCGGGCGGACGUGGUGCUGGAGCCCUACCGCCACGGUGUCAUGGAAAAACUCCAGCUAGGCCCGGAGAUUCUGCAGAGGGAGAAUCCAAGGCUUAUCUAUGCCAGGUUGAGUGGAUUUGGCCAGUCAGGAAGAUUCUCGAAAACAGCAGGCCAUGACAUCAACUUUUUGGCUUUGUCAGGUGUUCUGUCAAAAAUUGGCGGAAGUGGUGAGAAUCCUUAUGCCCCACUGAAUCUCCUGGCUGACUUUGGUGGUGGUGCCCUCAUAUGCACACUUGGUAUCUUGAUGGCUCUGUUUGAACGCACACGCUCUGGUAAAGGUCAGGUCAUCGAUGCAAACAUGGUGGAAGGAACAGCAUACCUGAGUUCUUUCCUGUGGCAUUCUCUACAAAUGGGGCUGUGGGAAAAUCCUCGAGGACAGAAUUUAUUAGAUGGUGGAGCACCUUUCUACACAACUUAUAGGACGGCAGAUGGGGGGUUCAUGGCUGUUGGAGCAUUGGAACCCCAGUUCUACAAGCUGCUGAUCAAAGGACUUGGACUAAAGUCUGAUGAACUUCCUGAUCAGAUGAGCAUGAGUGAUUGGCCAGAAAUGAAGAAGAGAUUUGCAGAUAUAUUUGCAAAGAAGACAAAGGCAGAGUGGUGUCAGAUCUUUGAUGGCACAGAUGCAUGUGUGACUCCAGUUCUGACAUUUGAAGAGGUUAUCCACCACGAUCAUAACAAAGAACGGGGCUCAUUUAUCAUUAAUGAGGAACAGAGUGUGAGUCCCCGCCCUGCACCUCUGCUGUCAGGCACCCCAGCUGUUCCUUCUUGCAAAAGGAAUCCUUUUGUAGGAGAACAUACUGAAGAGAUACUUAGAGAAUUUGGGUUCAACCAGACAGAGAUCAAUCAGCUUACCUCAGAUAAAAUUAUUGAAAUUAAUAAGUCAAGAGCUAAUCUCUAAGUUCCAGGCCUCCUAGUGCAAGUGAAUUUGAAUAUUGCAUGUUCAGUAUAGAAUAAUACAUAAAAUUGUGUGGAAACAUGAAGGAACAGUAUCACAGGGCACCAACUAUUCUAAUCAAGAAACAAGAUUGAUUACACAGUAAUGAUUGAAUACUGAAAAUGGUUAAAAUCAUAGCUUUUGAUUGAGGAGGACUUUUAGUUUACCAAUAUUAAGUUGUGACAGUUUUUCUGCCUUUCAAUUUACUUGACAGAUUAUAUUUUUAAUAUAAAAAUGUUAAUAAUAUACCUUAAAUGAAUAGAUAUGCUUUUUACUAAAAAAAAAAAAGCCUUUCACCCCUCAAUAUUUACUUAUGCUUUUAAUUUUGAAAAGCUUUUAAGAAAGUCCUUUAAAUAGCACUUAAAAAGCAUUUUUGCAUUUAUUAUUUAUUCAUGAGAGACACAGCGAGAGAGAGGCAGAGGGAGAAGCAGGCUCCAUGCAGGGAGCCCUAUGUGGGCCUCAAUCCUGGGACUCCAGGAUCAUGCCCUGAACCGAAGGCAUUCAACUGCUGAGCCACCUGGAUUAUAGUGCAAUCUUAUGUUCCAAGUGCCAUCUACUUCACUGAUACUUCAUGUGGUGUCUGUUUAACAGAUGCUGGUUUUCACUCUGUUUACUAUCUUCAAAAUUUUGAAGAAGUGAAUGUCAGGAGUGAAGUACCGUCACUUCCAUCUUCAUAGCUCUGUACCAGUCCCCUCAGUCCAACACCCAAUGCUGCCUUCAUUCAGGCCCCUAUUACCUCUGCCCUAGACUACUGCUCAGCUAGCCUACCUGAUUUUUGACCUCCAGUAUUACUGCCUUCAUUUUUUUUCUUUUUAUCGUGUUACUCUACUGGUAAUCUUUACCACACCAGACUGGUCUUUCAGUCCUGUAAAAUUCUUCAAUGGUCCUCUCUUUUUCCUAUAUAACAAAAUAUAAAGCCACGUAUAUAGCAUAUCAACUCUUUAUUUAUAACAAGACUUCUCCCUGACUAUUUAGUCCCAUCCAUGAUCCCUGCUCCCUAGUGCUUUAUAUAGGACUGCCUUAAGUGCCUAAUUAUGUGAUGGUCUCUCUUCCUUCCAUUCCUUUUCAUAUUCUGUAAUAUUUUCCAGGACUAACAAUGCUCCCAGCCCCUCUUGCUCCAGCUUGUUGAUUUCGCAAAUUUAGAGUUGGUUCAAACACAGCCGCCUUUGUGAAACUUCUUGUGUGUUGUCAGUCCUGGGAAGUUUUAUACAGUGUUGUGAAAUUUGGAGUCAGAAGGGUGUUGGGUUCAAAUAUCACUCAAUCACUCUGGUGUCUAGGACAAUUCUAGGUACUCACAAACUUAGUUCUAAGGAGCCCUUCCUAUGUUUCCAUUGUACUUUGUACAUAUCUCCAGGGAUAGUCAUUGCUUUUAGUUUAUAUAACUCUUCACUAAGUCAUAAGCUUCUAGAGUAGUUGCUCUAGCACACAAAAGAAUCAUCUGGAGAUACUUUUAAAAUACAGAUUCCUAGGCCCACCCCUAGAGAUGCAGUGUAUCUAGGGCAAGACCUAUGAAUUUGUAUUUUUUUCCAGAUGAUUAUAAUGCUUCUGAUUCAACGACCACACUUUGAGUAGCACUGUCCUAAAUGGAUAUGAACCAAGUCUUUUUCCUGUUGUUACUGUCAUAAUAAGUGCUCAAAAAAAAUAUCUGUUGAAGAAUUGAUGAGGGAAAGGAUAAAAGUCAGUUGGCAAAAAUCUGUAAAUAGGUUAGCUCAAAAUACUGAUUUCUAAUUGACUUCAUAUAAAAUGUUUGAAUGAAAAAUUGAUUUUUGUAGGAUAUAAACUUUUUAAAGAAUACAGAUAUAUAAAUAAGGUUAAUAAUUGCUUUUGUUAGCGACCCAUACUUUUUUUCUGAAGAGUCUAUCUAAAACCUUGUGCAGAAAGUGCUACACUUCCUCUUUUGUUGUCCCAUGUCAAACUGUAGACUUAGGAAUAGGCAAGGGGGCAGAUGAGAACAUAAGAAGCAGUAAGGAAGACAGAGGAGAAGCAGGCAUUAAAGAUGGCAAAUUCUAAUGAAAGACAAAUUAUAUUGAGUACAUAGAAAUUUUAUUCCCGAAUGUGUAGGUUAGUAUACACUGAUUUCCACUUUCUUUUGAUUCUACAAUAUAGGGAGUGAUGAGAUGCCACAAAUUGUAUGGUGAUAAAUAAAUCGCAUGGAACAACAUGA